CUCCCUCCGCGCCGCGACCCGCGGGACACGCCCGGCCUGGCCCUGCCCUGCCCGGCCGCGCCGCUGCCCCCGCCCCUGUCACCCUGAAGAGGGGUGGCACAAAACCCUCCACCGGGCUGCUCGCUCCCGCGGCAGUGCCGGGUUCUGCUUCUCCGCGGUGUCCCGGCUCCUUCUCGCCGGACCAGGAUGCGGGGCCUGAUGGUCGCUGCCUUGCUGCUGCAGAGCAUCGCCGGCUCGGGCGCGUUCACCGCAGGGAGAAGAAAUGUGGACCCCGAAACGAACAUGAACAUCAGUGAAAUUAUUACCUUCAGAGGAUACCCUAGUGAGGAAUAUGAAGUGACAACAGAAGAUGGGUAUAUCCUUUCCAUUAAUAGAAUACCUUAUGGAAGAAAAGGYCGUGAAGGAAGUGAUGGUCCAAGGCCUGCUAUAUUUCUGCAGCAUGGUUUGCUUGCAGAUGCCAGCAACUGGAUCACGAACUUGGAUUACAACAGCCUUGGCUUUAUGCUGGCAGAUGCUGGCUAUGAUGUAUGGCUGGGAAAUAGCAGAGGGAACACCUGGUCCAGGAAACACAUACACUUCACAGUGAAGCAGGAAGAAUUCUGGGUUUUCAGCUUUGAUGAAAUGGCUAAGUAUGACAUUCCAGCCUCGGUGGACUUUAUUUUGAAGAAAACUGGCCAGCAACAAUUAUUUUACGUUGGCCAUUCGCAGGGCACUACAAUGGCUUUCGUUGCUUUUUCAACUUUGCCACAGCUGGCUAAGAAAAUCAAAAUGUUCUUUGCCUUGGCACCAGUAGCUACAGUCAAGUUUGCCACUAGUCCUCUGGUAAAAUUGGGAAUGGUUCCUGAUCUGCUGCUCAAGGACAUGUUUGGAAAGAAACAAUUCCUCCCUCARAAUUCUUUGCUGAAGUGGCUUGCUACCCAUGUCUGCACCCACAGAAUACUCGAUGACCUUUGUGGCAACCUAUUCUUUCUUCUGUGUGGUUUUAAUGAGAGAAACUUGAAUAUGAGCCGAGUGGAUGUGUAUUCAACACACUGUCCUGCAGGAACAUCUGUACAAAACAUGAUCCAUUGGAGCCAGGCUGUGAGGACUGGGGAGCUCAAAGCUUAUGACUGGGGAAGCAAGGCUGCAAAUAUGGCUCACUAUAAUCAGUCUACUCCCCCUUUCUACAAAAUAAAAGAGAUGACUGUACCAACUGCGGUGUGGACUGGUGGACAGGACUGGCUGGCAGACCCAAAGGAUGUUGCUAUGCUGCUCACUCAGAUCACCAAUUUGGUUUACCACAAAAACAUUCCWGAAUGGGAACAUUUGGAUUUCAUCUGGGGCCUUGAUGCACCUUACCGCAUGUAUAAUGAAAUAAUUAACAUGAUUAGGAAGUUGUCUCUAAACUGACUUGGUAUUCCAGAGUAUUAGUUCACCAGGAAUUUGUCAUUUUUUGUAAAACACACUUUUCUGGCAAUAAUGUUACAUUGCUUAGUGUGAUGCAUUUUUAAAAUGCCAGCAAUCACUACUGAAUUAGAUUCAUUAUUUUUUGUUUUUCUCAGUAUUAUUUCUCUCUCUUCAUAGUAUUUUGCUGAUUUUGCACACAGUGGCAUGGUACUGAAAACACAGCAGUAGAACUUAGCACAAAAGGAGUAUGUCACAUGCACAUAAAUUUAGUGACCUGUCUGAAAGACAGACACAUGAUUCCAUUCAGCAUCUCAGGUGUUUGACACUUAAAACAGUAAGUAUUUCACUGUGCCUAAAACACAGCCAUAUCUCAGUGUGUGGCCAUUGCUGAGUACCUUUCAGAAGUACUUCUUGUACUGAAGUGACUCAUUUGGUGCUGGCACUUUACAAAGCACUUAGUGACUUUUUUUCUGUGUUACUGUUUUAGCCAUCACAUAAAAGCUAGCUACAUCAGAUUGUUUUCCAUAUUGUCCAGAAGAAAGAGAAAGAAGCCAGAGAAACCACUGUCAGUUGAAAUCUCUGAUUUUGGAACUGAUUUAUUGCUGCGUUUUCUUGCUUUGAUGAUGUCCCUGAAGCCUUUGGUAUUUCACAUACCAGAUGUGGAUUGAGGUCACAAUUUGCCUUGGCAGAUUCCUGGAACAAGAAUAAUGGUUAAAAAAAAUACUUUUUGGUUAACUUUCACUUAACUUUAUCAAUAGGUUAUGGCUUUCAAGGAGACUGAUGUAACAUACCUGUGUUUUGCACUGACCACUAACUAGAAAACGAGCUCUCCCCCAGUGUGCUGCUGGUGAGAGAAAAGCCAAAGCAUUCAUUCUGCAGCUUGAGUGACUUAAUUUCUGUGGACUUUUCCCCCUAAUCAUUUGCUGCAUCGAAAAGCUGUUUACUUCUUAACUGCUUAUAGAGUGCUCCCUACCACUAUGUUAAGGAACUGAGAACAGCCUGGAGAAGCCUGACAGUAUUAAGAGCAGUUCCUUUUGUCUCAGUCUCUGUUUCAAACUGGAGUUAAGACCCCUUUUAAUGGGGAAGAGGAUUCGCAUCUGCCUCASGGGUCUGACUUUGAACUUCUUUCCAUUGACUGUGCAGGGGACUUUGACUCCUGKGAGAUACAUAAAAGUUCCAUGCCAAAUGAACAAUUUUCAGAGUCAGUUGCCUUAGUCCAGAUGAUAAUUUCUGUGCCAUAGUUGGACUCAACCUAGAUUUCUUCAGUAAUCCCAACAGGAUAAAGAGCCUUUCUACAAGUCAUAGGAAAUAGUGCAUUUUAAAUAGAGGCAAGUUUAUUUUGUAAAAAAAAAAUUAAAAUAAAAAAAAUGCAGAAACACACUCAAGUUGUAAAUUAGGACUUGUUUGUUUGGUUUUUUUUUGAUUCCUAAUUCAGACUCAGGGAAUUCUCAGGUGUUGUUUAGGAAGAAAGUACUUCAUUCGUUCAUGAUAUUUUGGUUGUGAUUCCUAACAGGACCUGUAAAUCUGAUUUCUCUUUGUAUAAGCCAGAUUUGCUUUACUUUAYUCUGUGCUGAAAGGAAACUUCUGUAGGAAUCAAAGAUGGCUAAUUUAACAGUUUUAAGGGUUUGUGGUUUAGCAAGAGCCAUGUGCAUCAUGUUUAUUAAGCYUGAGCUAUUUCAAUAAACAUGAGACCUGCUUGGAA